AUGACUGAAUAUAAGGAUAUAGAGGGCAGUGAGGUCUUACCCAUUAAACCCUUGACCAGCAGCAAACAGCCCUUUGGCUGCGGUACUCGAAGAAACUGGAAACAUAUUGCCACUUUGACCAUCGACUUGGCUACUAUCAGGAAUAUCCAAUGGAUGUAUGAUAUCAAGGCUAAUCUCUCAAUGUCAGGAAUCGACAUGUCAUCCGUAUAUUUACCAAGGCCAUGCCGUGACUCGUCUACCAAAAAUGCCAUGCACACAAAGGAGAAUAUCUACCAAAAGCACACAUAUCAGCCGUCAAAGGAUAAAAUAAAAUAA